AUGUUGGAUUCAGCGGAAGCGGUAGCAGCAGGAAAAGGAUUCCAAAACAAAGAUUCUUUACUAGGCACGGGUAUGAAAUUCGAAGGCGAAAAAUAUUUCGUGCUGCAAGCCGACGACGAAAGAAUUAUUGGCAAGAAAGGAUCAACCGGCUUCUUCAUUUACAAAACUGGGCAAGCGGUGAUAAUCUCAAUCUACGAAGGUGGAGUGCAACCGGAGCAGUGCAGCAAAACCACUGGAGCUCUUGCCGACUAUUUUAAAAGCAUAAACUACUGA